CUGCUGUUUGAUAGUAUAAGAGUAUUCUAACAAUCACGGACCAUGGAUAUCUCAAAAUCAAAAUUCAUUAAAAAAGCAGAUAAAAAACAACGACUGGACUCACGCCAGAAGUGCGCCCAGAGACCGACGUAAAUGUUUGUUAAACUGACAUAUUUGGAACAGAAAUGACUAACUGAUUCAAAUCAGGCGUAUCAGUAGUAAAAAGUACUAUGGAUUGGUAAUCAAGCUUGACAUUAUCAACAUGGCAGCUGUAAAUACGGCAAAACAAUUGCCCAAAACGAAGGUACCGAUGUCCAUGAGCACCUGCUUUAACUAUGACCUUGGAGGGCUUGAGAUGAGACAGCGACAGAGCCGACAGGGUAAGAGGAUACGAGGGUUGCAUGAUAAAACAGAGUUAAGAUUUUCGAAACUGGCCAAGUUCCACUCCUCACGACCCAUACCAGCUGAGCUACUAAAGGCUACUUUGACAAAGGGGAAUGAACAAAUAUAUGACUUUGUUGACAUCAAAGAAGUUCAUGCAGAUAAUGGUUCUCGCUUCCCACAACUCUGCCUUACUAGAUCAGAACUUGAAGCGCGCCUCAAACUGAAAUUAAGAAAGAAAUAUACAAGUGGCGCUAGUUUGGACGAGCUCAUGCUGAUUCCAGAUAAUGAUUCUCAGAGCUCAAGGAAAAGUAAGCAGGCGUCACAGAAAUCCGGCCAGCAUGGAAGUCAGAAGCUUCGCUUCCGUGAACCAAAAAGGCUGCCCAAUAUCAUAAUGGAGAGGAACGAAGUAAGAAAACAAAGAAAAAAGAGAGUGAAACGACCAAAAGAAUCUAAAAGAAUUCAUGUUAAUGUGGAGAGUGUUGACAACGAGUUGCAGGGAGUGGCAAAGGUUUUGCCCUUUCUCCAGUCCUACAAUUCAUUCCAGAAUCUAUACGGGGAUAUCUUAAAAGCACCAGACCAAAUAAAACUUCCGAACCUCGAUGUUACGGAUAAACAAUACCCUUCUAACAUUAAAUAUCCAUCUAAACACGGUUUCCACCAGCGUAGUUUUUCCCCUACUUACAAACGUUUAACUGCAGCGAAGGAUGAUUUAAAUUUUGCCGUCCAAAGACGUUUACACGAAAUGAACGCCACGUUUCAGAGACACCAACUUCAAGCGUCACAGAUGACCGCGGAUGAAUUUUACAACUCAUAUCUUGAGCAAACAGGUGACGAUGACCUUGCUGCCAUAGAAACCAUGCAAGCGUUCAAUAAUCUUGCUCCGUGGCAGGGUAUCCCAAUGACGGGGCCCAAACCACGCCUUGAGUUCUACUUAGAUAAGUCAAUAUUCCAUGAAUUACAUCUGUUUGUUCCUACCAUGGAUCCAGUGGAGACGAGUUAUGAGUGGACAACUGAAUACACAAGUUACUAUGAAUCAAGUCCCACUAGACGUCAAAGUGUCUGGACAUCGAGCACAAAGUACACAAGAAGCCGCUAUGAUGAUGAUGAAGCCGAUGAUGACUAUGAAGAAGAGGAUGAAGAACUAGAUGAUGAGUCUCGAAAGUUGAUUAGGCAAAUGACCGAAGUACCUCCAACUCCCUCUCCUGUACCGCCUCCUGCGACAACUAAACCUAAUGAACCUAGCCAAUUUGAAAAAGCCCGGUCAGAUUUAACAGGUUGGAAUGAUGAACUUGCGAAAGAAGACGAAGAGCUGCGUAAAAAGAUGGACGCCAUGAAAUUGAAGCUAGGACAAUCAGGGGCUAAAGAUAGAUGGUCAAAAUUAGCUCAAAUUAACAAAGAGAAAUCGAAUGACGAGCUAGAGAAGAUGAAAGCUGAGAAAGAAAGUAUAAAAGAGAGUACUACUGAAUCGACAACAUCUCAGCUUGAUAACACAUUAGCGCGUCUUAACAACGCAGCUACAACCACAGACGCGCUAAUGGCAAAACUAGACAAAACCUUCAUAGACAUCGCAGCUAGGAAAGCCAAACUUGAUGGCAUGGAAGAAGAAAAUAAACGAGAACUUCGAGAGAAAAAACGAAAAAUUCGAAAAGAGAAACGCCUUAAAGAAUUGAAAGAGGACAAAUCAUUAUUGAAACCGAAGAGUAUGGGUUCGUUAAUGUACAGUAGAUACAGGAAAAACAACCCUGGAGAUAAGUAUAACCUAAACAAGGAACAAGCUGCUGAGUUCAACCUUACUAGAGACAGUAAAGUAAUAACGCAGAGAUUUAUCGACAAGAUCAACGCUGUAGCGUUCGGAGACGCAGACUCUGAUGAAGAAUCGAGCUAUAAAGGGGAAUUCUCACUUGGAACAGAUAGUGAUACUGGAGAUACUAGCACAAUAACAAAGAAGUCAUAGAUAGCUGCUAUAACAAUACACAAAAAGAGUAGUUUCUAAAUAGCUUUGAAAUCUCGCUUAUUCUCGUUUUUCAUGAGA